AUGGUUUCCAAGAUGGAGACUGGACUGGUCUCCUCUCCAAGAUCAAGAAGAGAAGCAGGAGAGAGCGAUCACACGUCUAGAACCCUAUGCAAGAGCUCAGUUGAGUUAAGGGAGGUCUUAGGCGAGAGCCGGAGUGGAGUUAGCUACCAAUCCUUAGUUGGGUACCAUACGGCACUCAUAGCAGUGGGGUUAGCUCAGGUUUUCUUAGUUAGCUCGCCUACGGUGGAAUGGAUACCAGUUAGAUCACCAGCUAAAGCUCCUGGUAUUGGUCUUUGCGAGAGGACUUGUCAACUCGUUCUAUGCCUGAUUGUCCAGGCUUCGGAUACUCUUUCCAUCAAUCCGAUGCAUAUGACCGGAAGAACUCGCCAGCUGCCUACUUGUACCCAUAGUACGGAGACUGGCUUCCGAAGUAGCUACGGACACUGCUAUUCCGCAAUGUCUACAACCAGUCUUGGGAAAAGGAGAUCAGGGAAGGCAAUCCAAUCUAAGGAAGAAGAGUUUGAACUAUGGGCAGCUGGAGUAGUAUAUGGGGAUCGCUCGUUAGGACAAGUCUUGAUCGGGGCACUUGAGGAGGGAGACUCUUGCCCGGAUUCGUUGGAGGGGCCAGUCUUUUGCUCGUUCGCCCCGUCUACCCGCUAUUGGAAUAGGCCACACGUCUUAGUCACCUUCUUCAGUGAAGGAAGAAGCCCGCCAGCUUACUAUACUAAGGGAAGAAAGAGGGGGAAGUCGCGCAACCAGACUCUUGUUCUUCCUCUUCAGCGGGGGAUGCUGCUUCUCGAGUUGAAGCUGCUAAUGCCCUAUCUUUCUUCUCUACUGCCUUUAGCUAUAGCUUUUCGGCUGAAUAAUUUGAAGAUUUGGCAUUCUCCAUCGGGAAAGCUAAGUGCCCCUAUUUAG